CGAGAAACACACAUAUAAAGUCACGUGAUACGUCGGUGAUGCGGAUAUUUUUAGAAGAGAGUGACCUUAAGUUACUGCAAGAAUAAGUGGAUCUAGCAAAAUUGAACAGUAGCUAUCAACAGCCAUGUGCUCAAAUACCCUCUCGAAAGCUGAAUUGGUAACAGCCAUUUCUUUGACUGCUGGUGCUGCAGCGGUGAGUGUACUAGUCUACAAGACAUUUUUCUCCACGAACAAGAGCAGCAAGUCCAAGGUGAACUUGGACCUGCAGAAGGACAACCCCAAAGUAGUGCACGCCUUUGAUAUUGAGGACCUGGGAGAUAAAGCAGUGUACUGCAGAUGCUGGAGGUCUAAGAAGUUUCCUUUUUGCGAUGGUGCCCACGCGAAACACAAUGAAGAGACUGGUGAUAAUGUGGGUCCUCUCAUUAUAAAGAGAAAGGAAGCUUAAAGAGUCCUCACUGUCCUUCCAAAAGCUGCUGCUGCUGCUGCAGACAUACAAUUCCUUUGCUCAUCCAAAUGUACGUGGUAUUUUGAAAGAAAUGUCAUGGCAUAUUUAUAAUAUAUUUUUGUGUUCUUCUGUGUCUUUCGUGUCCAUGCCAUGUGUGGAUGUUAACACUAAUUCAGUGCAGUUGCAUAACACUUGUAUGGUGUAGGUUUUGGGCAGAUUUGGAUAUCCAGUUGGCUGUCAUCCAGUUGGCUAUAGCCAGAGUGUUACUUUUUGGAAACACUAUUCCUGAUGCUCAUGAACAGUUGGUUGAGUCACAGUAUACCGUAUACCUUUUCAACAGAUAACUGUGAAACUGUGUGUGCCACUGUCAUUGAACUCAGCUGUGCUUUUAUAACGAGUACUUCACUAGCAAAACCUUUAUGACCACUAUCGGCAAAACCACUUAUGACUUUAUCAGUGUCCACCAACACUGCACCAAAAGAUUGUUAAAGAACUGACUUUACUAGUAAAGAUGACUUCAACAUCAGAGUGGUACCAUAAAAAAGAAAUUUGCUGGCACUUAUCUCGGAUGAUGAAAAGUAAAGCCUAAUGUGUCAUUUAUUUGACUGGAAAAUCCACAAAUUGUUGAUGUGGAUUACCGUGUCCCACUGCUCGUCUUCCCAUAUAAAAUGUUAGACCUGUCACUAAAUACUCUAAAGUGUCUGGCCAUUCUGUAUGUUUGAAGGUAUGUUUGUAACAAGGUAGUGAUCAUUUUUGGGGAUAUAGACUGAACAGAAGCCUUUUUUAUGAAAAAUAAACCCAAAUAUAUAUUUUUACAACAAACCCCAUAUUUAAUGAGGAGGACCUACAUGUUACAUGGGCAGUUAACCAGAUGGUUAUUGACAUGCUUUAAAUUUGCUCUGUACCGUUAAUUCUGUCCGUAUUAAGUCCAUUUCAAUGUUUAUGUGCACUUCAUUCUGAAUCGAAUGAUGCAGUGUCUUUGUGAGAAUUCGUCAAGAUGUGUUCUGCUUGUCUGCCCAAUCUGAAAUUUCAUUGGGUUGAGGGAAUGUACCGUACUCAAGAUUGCACAUGAAGCACUUGAGAUCAGUUUUUGAAAGUAAUGUUUUCUAUUAAAUACAAUUAAAUAUUUGGGAUAUUGUUAUUUUGGUUACCUAAUUAAAAUAUGUGGCCUUGAGUGUUAACCAAAUGCCUUCUCGGGUGAAUAUGAGGAACUGUAAUCAUGCCUUGCUGAUGUCUGUAAUGAAAAUUUGUCAAUUAAAAAACAAAAGAAUAAUCAAUAAUCAGAAUAAUGAAAAUUUUCAGUAUUUAUUUUCUCAGAGCUGUUGUAUCCUUUUUCUGUGUUGAGUGGUUCACCAAUCUUAAUGGAACAGAAUUUUAGAAUUUUGUCAAAUGUGUAUUGAUAUGUAAUAAUAAAUGCAGAGAUUAUAACUGGCGAUACUGACAGCAUAUGCAUUUAAAUGUAAAAAGUCUUAUUUGUGUUUUUAAUUAAAAUUGAAACUGACAUACACAAAA